UCCUGCUAAAGGGACGAAAGUCGUGCUCAGCAGGACAGCCGGAGCCGCCACUCCUCUUCGCUUGCUGCUCCAGCCAUGAAUCUGUUGAAAGGGCUUGUGUCACGUACCGAUUGUCGAAUCCACAAUGAAUCUGAAUCAAUCGUAAGAUUGAUACCCAAGUCAUAUAUCGAUGGUGCUGCUGCAUCCAGCGCCAUGGUCAGAGAGGAACUGGUGCGAGAGAUCCAGCCGAAAAAAUUCAUAGAUGUGGACAGUCGCAAGUACGACCUCAACGGAAAGAAUCACAACAUGCAGAUAAAGAUCCAUUUCGUUGCUGCUGACGGGCCUUCGAAAGAUGGCGAAGUUCAUCCGAAACAGCACGACGAUGCUUCAUAUCCCAAGGGCGUUGAAGUGGCAACAAAGGAAUUGGUCUUUUUGCAUUACGAGCUGAAGGACAAGCGGGAAAUACGCCUUACUUGUGGGAAAGGAGGGAAGGUCGUAGAGGUCAAUGACAAGUUCCUCACCGAAGAAAGCACAAAGCCUGUGCACCAGAAUAAGAAAUGAAACGGAGCAUUCCCGGUUUCUUCAGGUAAUUACUCAGAAAAAAAUCUGAAAUGCACUUUUGUCGUUUUCAUUUCUGCUGUUGUGAUUUAAAAGUGCGUCUUCUUUUUUCUUUCUGUGAUGAGAAACGUGGUACCUGUAUUUCGAUUAUGAGGUUUUUGUGUGAUGGCGUUUGAAGAUUUUUCGAUA